UCAUGCCAGAGAAGAUGCGGCGACAUCGACAUCCCUUUCCCGUUCGGCAUCGGCGGCCAGCCCGGCUGCAGCAUGGCAGGCUUCGAGCUGAGCUGCAACGACACCGCCGGGAGCGGCGCCGAUGCGCGCCCCACGCUGCUGCUGCGGGGCGUGGAGGUGCUCAGCAUCUCGCUGCCGCUGGGCCAGGUCCGGAUGAAGAUGGACAUGUCCUACGACUGCUACAACACGACCAGGCACGAGAUCGACUGCGUCGACAGGGUGGAUCUGAACCUGAAGGGCACCCCGUUCACCUUCUCCGACGCCGCCAACAAGUUCAUCGUCUUCGGGUGCCGCAUGCUCGCCUACCUCGGCCCAGGCGAGCAGAACGACAUCGGAAGCGACCUCACCAUCGGCUGCGCCGCCACCUGCGGCGUGGGCGACGACCUCGUCGCCAUCAACAGCGCCGGCUGCUCCGGGAUCGGCUGCUGCCAGACGAACAUCCCCAGGGGGAUCCAGUACUACAAGGUCUGGUUCGACGGCCGCUACAACACGACGGGCAUCUACAACUGGUCUCGCUGCACCUACGCGGCGCUCGUGGAGGCGUCCAGCUUCAGCUUCUCCGAGGUUUACCAUGCCCUGUCGAGGGUCAACAGCAAUCUUGGUAGCCAGCCGCCGUUCGUCGUCGACUGGGCCAUCGGGAACAUGACGUGCGAGGAAGCUCAGAGGAAUGGAGAUUCGUACGCGUGUGUUAGUGGCGACAGCGUGUGUCUGGACUCGCGCAAUGGACCGGGCUACAUCUGCAACUGCAGAAGCGGCUUCCAGGGAAAUCCCUACAUCAAUGAUUCUCAUGGCUGCCAAGAUAUUAAUGAAUGUGAGGAUACAAGCAAGUACCCUUGCUAUGGGAAAUGUAUCAACAAAGUUGGUGGAUUUGAUUGUUUAUGCCCUGCGGGUACCCGAGGAAAUCCUUACAUUGGGACUUGUCGGAAAGAUAUUCCAUUACCUACUGGUAUUGCAAUUGGUCUGGCCGCUGGCUUUGGAAUUCUCCUUCUUGGCUUAUCAGUGACAUUCCUUAUCCGUAAACAAAGAAGCGAUAUUCAGAAACAAUUACGAAAAAAAUACUUCCGGAAAAACCAAGGGCUUUUACUACAACAACUAAUAUCAUCCGAUGAAAGAGCUAGAGAUAGCACAAAAAUUUUCUCCAUAGAGGAGCUGAAAGAAGCGACAAACAACUUCGACCCGGCACGUGUUCUUGGUAGCGGAGGGCAUGGUAUUGUUUACAAAGGCAUAUUAUCUGAUCAACGUGUGGUGGCUAUAAAGAAACCUAAUAUCAUUAGGGAAGAAGAGAUUAGUCAAUUCAUCAACGAGGUAGCAAUACUAUCGCAGAUUAAUCAUUGCAAUAUCGUAAAACUCUUUGGAUGUUGUUUGGAAACAGAAGUUCCUCUACUAGUAUAUGACUUUGUCCCAAAUGGUUCACUAAAUCACAUUAUUCACGCUGAUACAAGUAACAAAGAAUUCUCCUUGUCCUGGGAUGAUUGUCUGAGGAUUGCUACCGAAGCUGCAGGAGCUUUGUAUUACCUGCACUCUGCAGCAUCAGUAUCAGUUUUACACCCUGAUGUGAAAUCUUCCAAUAUACUCUUGGAUGCAAAUUACACAGCUAAAGUUGCAGAUUUUGGUGCAUCAAGACUCAUUCCUAACGAUCAAACCCAUGUCUUCACCAAUAUACAAGGAACAUAUGGGUAUUUAGAUCCCGAAUACUACCAUACUGGGAAUCUAAAUGAGAAGAGUGAUGUUUAUAGUUUUGGUGUAGUUCUUUUAGAGAUGCUCCUUAGAAAGCAACCUAUUUUUGACUGCGAGGAUGGCACAAAGAAAAAUUUGUCUAUUUACUUCCUUUCUGAGAUAAAAGGAAAGCCAGUUACAAAGAUAGUAGCUCCUGAAGUUCUUGAGGAAGCAAGUGAAGAUGAGAUUAACAUUGUUGCCUCAAUUGCCCAAGCAUGCUUGAGGCUCCAAGGUGAAGAACGGCCAACUAUGAAGCAAGUAGACAUGUCAUUACAGUCCAUAAGAAAUAAAAGUUUGAGUCCAGACAUCGCGAGUCCAGAAAGCAAUUAUGAGAUGCAUCCACCCCUACCUGGAAGAUAUGUAGAGCAGCAAUUCUUGGGAGUUGACAUCAAUGGCGGUGUAGCUAAUUUACCGUAUUCAAAUUGCCAUAGUUUAGAGGAAGAAUUUAUGCUAUCUGCUAGCUUUGCACGGUAA